CACUGAUGAUCAGUGUGUCCUGAUGAUCUGUGUAGCCCCAGCAGUGCCACCUAUCAGUGUCCAUCAAUGCCACAUAUCAGUGCCUACCAGUGCACAUCAAUGCCACAUAUCAGUGCCCAUCUGAGCUGCCUUUCAGUGUUACCUAUCAGUGCCAGUCAGUGCCACCUAUCAAUGCCAGUCAAUGCUAUCAGUGCCCAUCAGUGACAUAUAUGAGUGCUGCCUUUCAGUGCCCAUCAGUGAUGCCUGUCAAUGCCCAUCAGUUCCGCCCACCAGUGCCACCUAUCAUCAGUGCCACAUAUCAGUGCCCAUCAUUGUUGCAUAUCAGUGCCACCUAUCAGUGCAGCCUCAUCAACACACAUCAGUGAAGGCAAAAUUAUCUGUUUGCAAAAUUUUAUAA